GCAAAAGUAAAAAGGAAACAGAUGGGGGAAGGGGUUGGGAAGAAGCCCUCUCUGCUUCCACCCCAAUACACACGCACCCAAGCCUGGAAGCAGCAGCAUGCCACCAAGAACCUGGAGAGGGUCCGUGUGUCAGGGGUGAGGGCGACAGAUGUUGGACUCAGGGAACUCUCUGCCACAAGUUGGCCUACAAGGCCUCCAGGGACCAGCUAGCCAACAGCUGGACUUGAUCACCAGAUUGCAAACUGAGAUCAUGCAUCGGGUGGAAUAACAAGCACACUUUGCUCUCCGGCUGGGCAAGACGCUGUUUUUGGAGGAUUUGCCACAGCAGUGGAUAGAAAGCAGGAGACCACCACCUGGACCCUUGAAUCUUCUUCUACAGCAUAAGAGGUUCCAGCCCUUGGUGGUUUGCAGGACGAUGGUGGCCCUUUGGCGAGCUUCUGUGUUGCUGGUUAUGUUUCUUGCAGCUUCUCUGCCCCCGCCGCAGUGUGCCCAGGACCCAGCCAUGGUGCAUUACAUCUACCAGCGCUUUCGAGUCUUGGAGCAAGGGCUGGAAAAAUGUACUGAAGCAACGAGGGCAUACAUCCAAGACUUUCAAGAGUUCUCAAAAAACAUAUCCGCUCUGCUGGGGAGAUGUCAGACCUACACAAAUGAGUACAAGAGUGCAGUAAAUAACUUGGCACUGAGAGUCGAACGUGCCCAACGGGAGAUUGACUACCUAGAAUACCUUCGAGAAUCUGAUGUGUGUGUAGAAUCAGAGGACAAAACACUGGCGGAAAAGCUACUUCAAGAAGCCGAAGAAGAGAAAAAGAUCCGGACUCUGCUGAAUGCAAGCUGUGACAACAUGCUCAUGGGCAUAAAGUCUCUGAAAAUAGUGAAGAGGAUGGUAGACACACAUGGCUCUUGGAUGAAAGAUGCUAUCAGUAACUCUCCAAAGGUGUAUUUCUUAAGUGGAUCCAGAAACAACGUUGUUUGGGAAUUUGCAAACAUGCACGCAUUCAUGGAGGAUAACACCAAGCCAGCUCCCCGGAAGCUAAUCCUAACACUUUCCUGGCAGGGAACAGGCCAAGUGAUCUACAAAGGUUUUCUGUUUUUUCACAACCAGGGGACUGCUAAUGAGAUAAUCAAAUAUAAUCUGCAGAAGAGGACUGUGGAAGACCGAAUGCUGCUCCCAGGAGGGGUGGGCCGAGCACUGGUCUACCAGCACUCCCCCUCAACUUACAUUGACCUAGCUGUGGACGAGCAUGGGCUCUGGGCCAUCCACUCAGGGCCAGGCACCUAUGGCCAUUUGGUUCUCACGAAAAUUGAGCCAGACACGCUGGGAGUGGAGCACUCAUGGGACACUCCAUGCAGAAGCCAGGAUGCCGAAGCCUCAUUCCUGUUGUGUGGGGUUCUGUACGUGGUCUACAGUUCUGGUGGCCAGGGCCCUCACCGCAUCACCUGCGUCUAUGAUCCGCUGGGAACUAUCAGUGAAGUGGACCUGCCCAACUUGUUCUUCCCCAGGAGGCCAAGGAGUCACUCCAUGAUCCAUUACAACCCCAGAGAUAAGCAGCUCUAUGCCUGGAAUGAAGGAAACCAGAUCAUUUACAAACUCCAGACAAAGAGAAAGGUGCCUCGAGAGUGAUGUAUGACAGCCAGAGCACUGAGGCUUUGGCGGCUGCUCUCCAGAACACUGAGGCCACAUGGCCCCUUCACCGUGUAACAUCCCUCUAAUCACACACAGAAAAAGGGUCUCCAUGCAUCCUUUCCAAGAUGUCACUGCCUUAGGUAUCUUCCAAGAGUUUAGAUUAGAGUUUGUCAUUGGGAAAUUUUCAACAACGUCCAUUACUCACCCAAACCUCCUGGCUCUCAAGGCCGACAGCAUUCUGAUCCAGCUUACUUCUGGCCCUUUCUUCUACUGCUCUCGAGCAUUUACCCUAACUCUGCCCUCUUCCCCCGCAACAUGUAGAGCUGUAUGCCGCCCGCUAAUACUCACUGGCUUUUCUCUCCUCUGGCCUUGGCUCCAGCUCUCCCCUCUUUCUCAGAUGCCUAUUGAUAUUGUCCUGUUUUUCACUGUCCAACUAAAGUACUGUUUCUUAUUGAGCUUUAAUCUCUAUUUCCCCUAGCCCUGCCCUUCCACCAAGCUAGAUGGAUGUAAUAAUAGAGUAAAAACAUUAACAUUUGAA